GCUUCUAGGCUACUGGGCUAGGGAAGGUUGUACCUGAGCAGAAGCAGGAAGAGGAGGAGGCCAGGGAGGAAGCCUGGGUCACCCUGGCUCCUGCCGAGCGGGCUGGGCGGGGUCCUGCGUGCAGAAGCGUCGGAGAUUUCUCUGCCCCACGGAAGUGGCAUUACAGUGCGCAUCAGGCUGGCGAGCCCAGCCCUGCCUGUGAAACCCUGCCACAUCAUCGUGUCUAGACAGCAUAUCACCGAGUUGCUUGUCAAACCCGGAGAAAGAAAGUCUUUCACCUUCAGCUGCAUCAAUCCUGAGAAGCACUUUGUCUUGGAGAUUGAGAAGAAUAUCGACUGCAUGUCCGGCCCAUGUCCUUUUGGGGAGGUUCAUCUUCAGCCAUCCACAUCAGAGCUGCCCACCCUCAACAGAACUUUCAUCUGGGACGUCAGAGCUCAUAAGAGCAUUGGCCUUGAGCUGCAGUUCUCAACCCCUCGCCUGAGGCAGAUUAGCCCAGGUGAACGCUGUGCAGAUGGGGUGACUCACUCCAUCAGUGGCCGUAUUGAUGCCACUGAGGUCAAGAUUGGGACCUUCUGCAGUAAUGGCACAGUGUCCCGGAUCAAGAUGCAAGAGGGUGUGAAAAUGGCCUUACACCUGCCAUGGAACGUACCCAGGAACAUCUCAGGCUUCAGUAUCGCAAACCGUUCAUCUAUAAAACGCCUGUGCAUCAUCGAGUCAGUGUUUGAGGGUGAAGGCUCAGCAACUCUGAUGUCUGCGAACUACCCAGGAGGCUUCCCUGAGGAUGAGCUCAUGACCUGGCAGUUUGUUGUCCCUGAACACCUACGGGCCAGCGUCUCCUUCCUCAACUUCAAUGUCUCCAACUGUGAGAGAAAGGAGGAGCGGGUUGAAUACUACAUCCCGGGAUCCACCACCAACCCAGAAGUGUUCAGGUUGGAGGACAAGCAGCCAGGGAACAUGGCUGGAAACUUCAACCUCUCCCUGCAAGGCUGCGACCAGGAUGCCCAGAGCCCAGGGAUCCUUCGGCUCCAGUUUCAGGUCCUGGUCCAACGUCCACAGAAUGAAAGCAGUAAGACCUACGUGGUGGACCUGAGUCAAGAGCGAACCAUGUCACUCACCAUAGAGCCACGGCCAGUCAAACAUGGCCGCAGGUUUGUUCCUGGGUGCUUCGUGUGUCUAGAGUCUCGGACCUGUAGUAGCAAUGUCACCCUGACAGCUGGCUCCAAACACAAGAUUUCCUUCCUGUGUGAUGACUUGACACGCCUGUGGGUGAAUGCAGAGAAAACCAUAAGCUGCCUGGACCACUACUACUGCUACAGGAAGUCCUUCCAACUGCAGGUGCACAAAGACAUCCUCCAGCUGCCUGUACAGCUGCACGACUUCUCCUGGAAGCUGCUGCUGCCUAAGGACAGGCUCGGCCUUAUGCUGGUGCCAAGCCAGAAGCUACAGCAGCACACACGUGAGAGGGCCUGCAACACCAGCUUCGGCUACCUCAUGGCCAGCACCACGCCCGGCCAGGACCUAUACUUUGGCUCCUUCUGUCCAGGAGGAUCUAUUGAGAAGAUCCAGGUGAAGCAAAACAGCUCUGUGACACUUCGAACAUACGCCCCCAGCUUCCAGCAAGAGGUCUCCAGGCAAGGCCUGACAGUGUCCUUCAUACCAUAUUUCAAAGAGGAAGGCAUUUUCACGGUGACUCCGGACACAAAAAACAAGGUCUACCUGAGGACCCCCAACUGGGACCGGGGCCUACCUGCCCUCUCCUCAGUGUCUUGGAAUGUCAGUGUGCCUAGCAACCAAGUGGCUUGUCUGACCUUCCUCAAAGAGCGUUCUGGUGUGGUCUGCCAGUCAGGGCGUGCAUACAUGAUCAUCCAGGAACAGCAGACCCGGGCAGAGGAGAUCUUCAGCCUAGAGGAGGAAGUGCUGCCUAAGCCAAGCUUCCAUCGCCACAGCUUCUGGGUUAACAUCUCCAACUGCAGCCCUGCGAAUGGCAAGCAGCUAGAUCUGCUUUUCUGGGUGACUCUUACCCCGAGGACUGUGGAUUUGGCUGUCAUCAUUGGUGCAGCAGGAGGCGGAGCCCUGUUGCUGUUUGCCCUAGGACUCAUCAUCUGCUUUGUGAAAAAGAAGAAGAAGGUCAACAAGGGCCCUGCUGUGGGUAUCUACAAUGGCAAUGUCAAUACCCAGAUACCCCAGACUCAGAAUUUCCAGAAGAGAAGAAAGGACAAUGACUCUCACGUGUAUGCAGUCAUUGAUGACACCAUGGUAUAUGGGCACCUGCUACAGGACCCUGGUGGCUCCUUCAUCCAGCCUGAGGUGGACACCUACCAGCCCUUCCAGGGGCCCAUGGGGGACUCCCCCCCGUCCCCACCCCCUAUAUUCUCCAGGACCCCGACUGCAAAGUUCACUGCAGACGAGCCAGCCCCUAAUAGCCUUCCUGAGUCUGAGAGUGAACCUUACACUUUUUCACACCCCAACAAGGGGGAGGUUGGUGUGAGGGAGACAGACAUCCCCUUACUCAACAUCCAGGGGCCGGUGGUGACAGAAGAAUAAUUUGGCCCCAACCCAAAGCCUUUGCCUGGCGCCAGACACUGAGACACACAAAGCUGAAGUCCUGAACAGAAGUCAUACGGGAGAACAAUCAUCUAGAAGGAAGAAGUGAGUUUUGCACUGAGACACCAAAUCCUGAUUUCCUGGUGGACCCCUUCCCGUGAUGAGUAAGUCGUGACUUCUGACAGGGACGCAUCCUAACAGCUCAGGUCUUCCUGAACUCAGGUUGUGUUGGGGCUAGCCACAGUGACAGAAGAGAGGCAUGGUCCACCCAGACAGGACUACAGUGAGCCCUGGAUUCUCAAUAAUGAGCAAAGACUUAGCGGAUUCCCAGCAGCUCCUCUUGGGGGUCUCUGCUCUCACUGGAGUCCUCUGGAUGAGAAUGACAAUGUGCUUUUUAUAUUGUUGGUAGUAAUAGUAUUUAUUCGGCGGACUGCAUGUUUUAAGUGGAGCUGGGGGUAUAGCUUGGUUGGUAGAAUGCUUGCUUAACACGCGCAGAGCUCUGGGUUCUGUCCUCAGCACUGCAUGAAACCAGGUGUGAUGGCGCACAGCUGUAAUCCCAGCACUAGGGAGGGGGAGGCAGGAGGGUCAGAAUUUCCAAGGCCAUGGUCAAGUGUGUAGAGAAUUGGAGGCCCUCCUGGUCCACAUAGGACCCUCUUUUAAAAUGUAAACAAAGCUCCUCUGGUCUAGUGUUGUGGUUUGACCUCAUGCUAAGUGGUCUGGGUGGCUGUGUUUCGGUUUCUACAUUGACCACUAGGUAAACGUGCUCCUGUAGGGAUGACUGAUGACCUACCCAGCCAGAAGAGUAUGUGCACGUGUGUUAUCUCUCACUCGGGAGAGACUUCCCAGCCCUUUGCUGCAUUCAGCUGUCCCGUGCAGAAUUUACCACAGAGCCUAUUGUCCCUUACUUUGAGAAAUUACUCUGAGCUUCCCUGUGUGGUGUGUGGCUCUCCCAGCUGCAGCAACACUUUGACAUUCAAACAGAUUUUGAGAAUAAUUU